AAAAAUUAUUAUAAUGGACGAAAAAGAUCUCAUGAUGCCUCCUAGUUGGGUCCUUGAUGGACAAUCAACCAUGAUGCAAAGCCAAGGGAUUGAUGAUGAUUCUGUUGAGCAUUUAAGACCACCUCCAAGUGCUAGCCGAAGGGAGAAGAACAAGUUCUACGCAAUGCAGAAUCGGAGAAGGAAAUAAAGAGUAUAUCAAAGAGCUCGAGAGCAAGGUCGAAACACUCCAACAGAAAGUAGCAGACCUUAAUGAUAAACUUGAUAUGUACAAAUAAUAAGAUGUUCUCUAUCGCUUGUGGUGGAGAGGCUCAUUUUACUGAUUUUGAGUCCCUUCGAGAAACUUGGAGAUACAAGAUAGAAGAUCUCGUCAACUCUAAGGAACAGAAGGAUCACUUCAAGACUUUCGAAGAGAUAAAGGACUCCUUUGGACCAAUGGGCACUGCCAGGAGACUUAUGUUGAAGAAAUGCUUUAGGACAGUUAUUGAAAAUUUGGUUCCUGAUCAUAUUAAACUAGUCAUGUUCUUGGCACCGAAGUUAUCAUCUAUAUCAGACGAAGAGUAUGAUAAGCUGUUUGCUUUGCCAAAGCCUGCGGCUUUGCAUAAGCUAAAGACCGAGGCUUUUUCAGAUGCUGAUAAAUAGCCUCUAUGAUAUAGGGAUUAGGGGCAAUCUUAGGAAGGUCUUUACAAUGAGAAGUAGUCUUCUCAGUGAUAUCAAGACUAAUAUGAAAACUCUAGUGAGACAACUUAUUCUCAUACAAAAUCAGAUUUUCAAGGAACAAGAUCGGAUGAAGAUGUUCAGGAAAUCAGUAACUGAAAUGGAUUCCCAGUACGAAAGUAUACCGAAAUUGUUGGCCCAUUUUAAGACGGUCGAGUCUGACCCGCAGUACUCGAUUUUCAACAUGUGGGAAAUUAAGAAGAAGUCAGAAAUUUUACCCAAUGAGACAGUUGGCGAAGUUUGUCUAUCUGAUUAUGAUAUAUAA